ACGUUGUAAAGCUUGUAGGCAAAGAUAAAACACUGAGGUGAAGAUUUUUGAAACGCCUUUGUUACAUGUUGGUUUACUUCGGCUACCGUAGCGUUUGCUGUAGCAGUUAGCAGAACUCAGUGACUAGAAGCUUUACUAGGAACACAAUGGCAUCCACAAUGAUGUCCGUACCGACAACAGCCUCUCGCUUCGCCCUGCUCCAAGUGGACUCCGAUUCGGACUCUGACUCUGACACUGGCAAGCCCAAAGGAGUUCAGGAGAGUGUCAAAUCAACCCGAGCAGCAAAAUCUUCAGGUGGCAAGAACAAUCAAAAUGCUGAGAAAAAGAAAGAUAAGAAGAAACGCAAGAAGGAGCAGCAGCAAAGUGAAACCAAUGAGCUCAGGAACCUUGCCUUUAAGAAGUUGCCUCAAAAAUCCUCAGCAGCUCCAUCUAGCUUGACACUGCAAGGCUUAGCCAAUGACUUGCUGGUGCCUAACAACAGUCGCAUAUCAGCCCCCCAGGAAAAUUGGCAGGAGUGGCAAGAAAGAGAUGAACAGCUUACCAGUAACCUAUAUGAGGCAGACCUGGAAAAGGCCUUAAUGCUCAGUAAACUAGAGUUUGAACAACAGAAAAAGGAAGCGGUUGAUGUAGAAACUGCAUCACCUAAAGCCAAAGGAGGCAGCAAGAAAGAAAAGAAAAAGAAUCAGCAGGGGAAAGACAAACGCACAGUCUCUCUAAAAGACUUUCAGCAGGAGGGAAGCAUGGAUCCACUGAGUAAGAGGCCAGACAGAGAGGAGCUAAAGCCUGCAAAUGCAGUAGCCCAUGAUAAGAGAUUUUUCAACCAGCUGGAGGAUGACGUGAGCCGCAUCAUGCAAAAAGACAAGCGCAAAGAGCAGUACAGCUGCAGCACUGGCCAAGAGGUCAGCACCUCCUCAGAACAAGAACAGGAUGUUAGAACUGAACAAUUAAAGUUUGAGCUGGAAAAGAAGGACCAGGAAAUUGAAAAGCUGAAGAAAACAAUUUCUCAGUGGGAGGAAAGAUAUAAAGAAGUAAAGGCAAGAAACGCCCAGUUACUUAAAAUGCUUCAACAAGGAGAGAUGAAAGACAAAGCAGAAAUCCUGCAGCAAGUAGAGGAGCUUCUGAACAUUAAAGAGGAGCUGACAAAACAGGUAACAUCACUGCAUGCUUCAUUAGAACAGGAGAAGUCAAAGGUGAAGGGUUUGCAGUUAGAACAACCGAAGCAUCAGGCCAAUCGGAGGGGGAAGAAAGGUCCAGAUGGAGAUGUAUGAAGACUGGACAUAACUGGAAAAACUGGACCCAGGUUUGCUCAAGCAUCAUACCCAGGACUUAUAUCAGUAUAAAUAAUCAACUUCUACCAACAUGAACAUCUUGUCUUUCUGUGUGCAAGCUGCUGGUUAAAAGAAAGUGCCACUGCAAUUUAGCUGCAGAGUUUAUUCUUCACUUGCUCUGUGCAAUAAAAUCUGAAAGAAUGACA